AUGGCUCUGCGGGGCCUGGCAGGCUCGGGGCCCGGCUCCCGAGGGCCGUUGGACGAGGCGGUGGCGGCGGACAAGGAGCGCGAGGCGGCGGCAGUGGUAGUGGCGGGAGCCACGCCAGAGGACGAUGAAGAGGACGAGGGCCGCAGCCGGGGCCUGCUGCGCUGGGACGGCUUCUCAGCCUGGCUGCACUGCGUGUGUGUGGUGGGCUUCGACCUGGAGCUGGGCCAAGCCGUGGAGGUAAUCUAUCCUCAGCAUUCCAAACUUACUGAUAAAGAAAAAACCAAUAUUUGCUAUUUGUCUUUUCCAGAUUCAAAUUCAGGUUGUCUUGGAGAUACCCAGUUUUGUUUUAGAUUUCGACAGUCUUCUGGGAGGAGGGUGUCACUGCAUUGUCUCCUGGAUCAAUUUGACAAAGAUUUACCAGUUUACUUAAAGAAAGAUCCUGCCUAUUUUUAUGGAUAUGUGUAUUUUCGACAAGUUCGGGAUAAAACUCUAAAAAGAGGCUAUUUUCAGAAGUCCUUGGUUUUAAUCAGCAAGCUACCUUAUAUUCAUUUUUUUCACACUGUGCUCAAGCAGAUAGCACCAGAAUAUUUUGAGAAGAAUGAACCUUAUUUGGAAGCAGCUUGUAAUGAUGUUGAUCGAUGGCCUGCACCAGUGCCAGGGAAAACGUUAUACCUGCCUAUUAUGGGGAUAGUAAUGAAGGUCCGGAUUCCCACAUGUCACGACAAGCCUGGGACAACUCAAAUAGUGCAGUUAACUCAGCAGGGAGAUGCUCAUAUAUCUGUUAUUUUACCUACUGUUCAUGAAGUGGAUCUUUUCAGGUGUUUCUGCCCAGUUUUCCUUCAUAGUCAGAUGCUUUGGGAGCUGGUGCUGCUGGGUGAGCCCCUCGUGGUCAUGGCACCGUCACCAUCAGAGUCUUCAGAGACUGUAUUGGCACUUGUUAACUGUAUUUCUCCAUUAAAGUACUUCAGUGAUUUUCGACCUUAUUUCACUAUUCAUGAUAGUGAAUUCAAAGAAUAUACUACUCGUACUCAAGCCCCGCCCUCAGUCAUAUUAGGAGUAACCAACCCUUUUUUUGCAAAAACACUCCAGCACUGGCCACACAUUAUUCGAAUAGGAGACCUUAAACCUGCAGGUGAAAUACCUAAACAGGUUAAAGUGAAAAAACUGAAGAACCUAAAGACUCUGGAUUCUAAACCUGGAGUUUAUACUUCUUAUAAGCCAUAUCUAAAUAGAGACGAAGAUAUCAUAAAACAAUUACAGAAGGGUAUACAACAGAAGCGUCCUUCUGAAGCUCAAAGUGUUAUCCUCCGACGCUAUUUUUUGGAACUGACACAAAGUUUCAUCAUUCCAUUAGAAAGAUAUGUGGCAAGCUUGAUGCCUUUGCAGAAAAGCAUUUCUCCGUGGAAGAGUCCACCCCAAUUAAGACAGUUUCUUCCAGAAGAAUUUAUGAAAACACUUGAGAAAACAGGACCUCAGCUGACCUCUAGAAUAAAAGGCGACUGGAUUGGACUUUACCGGCAUUUUCUAAAAUCUCCAAAUUUUGAUGGUUGGUUCAAGACCCGGAGGAAGGAAAUGACCCAGAAACUGGAGGCACUCCAUCUAGAAGCUCUUUGUGAAGAGGACUUACUUCUCUGGACCCAGAAACACACAGAAGUAGAAACAGUGGACCUUGUAUUGAAGCUAAAAAAUAAGCUGUUACAGGCUGAUCGAGAGCAUUUACCUGUGAAACCUGACACUGUGGAAAAGUUACGGACACACAUAGAUGCAAUUAUCUUAGCAUUACCAGAGGACCUGCAAGGCAUAUUGCUCAAAACAAGCAUGACAUGAUAUUUGCCAAGAUUUUCCAGCCAAAAGGAUUGUACUCCAUGAAGCAUACUGACAUUUCAACCAGAUGCACAAGCUGUCUCGGAGUGGAAAAUAGCAGUGAAUGCUCGCUACAGGGUUGAAAGACUAUACUGUAUAAACAGACAUUUUUAGUGCAUUAUUUUUAAAAACAGAUAUCUGUGGUGGUUCCACUUUAAUACUGAAACACCGAAAGGCAUUUCUAUAUUUUUAAUCAUGUUCUAAAGUGCUCUUAUGAGAGACCUGUGGGGCCAUCAGUUUAAGUGAUUCCAAACUGCAGUGCUGGCAUUGCAGGUAUUUUUUUAAAUUGGUGCUUCUUUGCCCAAUCAUGUUAAAACUCAGGGGGAUAUAAAAAUAACAUUCACACUGGCUGUCUUCUUAAGAAGAAGGAAAAGACUGAACUGUCAGACUGUAGUUAGAAGUGAUUAAUGCUUUUGUAGUGCCUUCCGUGGUCCUACAUGUUUCACAGAAGCCCAGCUGCUAGUCUUGAAGCUUUUUCUUAACUUUAUUAUAAUAUGUAGUUUUUUAUAAGGCAUUUUUUGAGUAAUCAUUGCUUAAAAAUAUAUUUUUUGCCUCCUAUUGUGUUUAUUAUUAGUGGCAUUGGUGUUUUUUUAAACUGUCAGGUAGGUUUCAUUUCAUUAUUUUCUAUAUUUUCAAAUUUAAUCUUAGUUUCACCGAAGAGAAGAAGGCAUCUAGUAUUAAUUAUGGAAGAGUUUAUUUCCUCUUACCCUUUACUAAUUGAGCCUGAGUUAAUUGGCUUGGAUGUCUUUCAAAGACAUUCUAAUUAUAAACCUCAUAAUCAGCUAUUUUUAUAAACUGAACUGUUCCUUUUUUAAAGGCAUUUUUAUACCUUUUGUGUGAUAGUCAUUUGAGUGAUUCUAAGAUUGAUUUUUAGCAUUAUUUGUUUGGUAGGGUUUCCCCGCCCCCCAAAUUAAUAUUUCUCAGAUUACUUUCCCUGCUGUUGACACGGGAACUUUUGCCUGAAUCACUGUUGUAUCUAAGCUAGUUUUGUUGUUUUUUUUGCUUCUGUUUUGUUUACAGUAUACUACCUUGCCAAAAAUAGAAGAUUGUGGUUUGGUAGAAUAAGGUUCUUUCCGUUGGUGUUUGAAUAGGAGUGUCCUGAAGAAGCCACUAUUUAAAAUAGGCAUCCAUGACAUAGCACAUAUGUGAAUUACUCUUUACAUAUCCAAAUUUGGUUGUAGGUUGUAGAAGAAAUGGCUUCAGGAGCUAUCUCUUAGUCUCUAUUAAUAUAACUCUUAAGGGCACUCCCAGCCUAAGAAUGGGUCCUUGGUGUAUGUAACUGUGGUCUUCUAUCCAAAUGUGCCCUUUUCUCAUGGAUGUAAGUCUCUCAAAGCAUACCUCAAAGUCAUGGAAAGAAUACUGCAUUUGAAAGAAGUCAUUUGCCUUGGAUCACAUGAGUUAUUUUGUGAAGCAACAGUUGUCCUCAUGGAAAAGGGGCAGCGACUUUUAUAUGCUAAAGUAUUUAAUAUCUUCCUGGGAAACCUUAUUUAGAUAUAAAUGGUCAUCUUAUUAUUUUUCAAAAAGGCAUAUUUUAAUAAUCUUACAAUUUAUAUGCAGUUUGUGACCAGAGUUUGAAAGUUGUUAGUGUCAUAUCAAGGAUCUUUUAAAUUAUACCACUACAGGAUGUAUCCAUUUCAAGUUUAUUUUGCACAGCUAAAGAGUAGCAAAGGAUGCCAGUUAGCAUAAUAAUUGUAUCUACAUAUUUACUAUACUUAACAGAAAACCUAACACAUAUUGGAAACCAUAUCUUACUUACCUGGUUUAUCUAUUAAUUUCAAAUUAUGUACUUGUAAAAAUAACUUAAAACUGCAUUGGGAAUCUGACAAAGACUGAGUGAUAACUUAAUUUUUGUGUGAUUUUUAAAGUUGUCUUUUUUUUUUUUUUCUGAGGAGACCUUGUUAAGAUCUAAAACCUGCCAUUUAAUGUUUAUCUUCACCUCACCAGCAUCAGAAGGAAUCACUGCUUUCAGGAUGUUGUGUAACGCCUAUUGCCUUCUGUUUUCAGUGAAAGGGGUUUUGAGAAGGCAUUUAUGGUCAUUACUGAAAACCUAAUUAAAGGCCUUGGAUUUUAAA